GCAUCAAAUCCCUGGUUGCUUUCGCAGAUCGCUCCCUUUUGCAACUCCAACUCCCUUCUCUUGAUGUCCACCAUCAGAAUAGGUGUGCUCCUCUCCUCCAUGGGGACUGUGAUGCUUAAGAUCCAAGCUUGGGAGACAGAGAAAGAGAAAGAGAAUGGACGCCAUUGAUUCUGUGUUCGAUCCGCUGAGAGAAUUCGCAAAGGACAGCGUGAGGCUCGUGAAGCGCUGCCACAAACCCGAUCGCAAAGAAUUCUCCAAGGUUGCCGUCCGUACUGCAAUUGGUUUCGUCGUGAUGGGAUUCGUCGGUUUCUUCGUGAAGCUCAUUUUCAUUCCAAUUAACAACAUCAUUGUCGGAUCUGGUUAGGAUGAAGGGAACUACAAUUGCCUCAGAAUUCAGGUUGUCAAGCAAAAGGAGGUAGACAGAGUUCCCACAUCAAUAGAUCAUUUUAUGCCCCCAAUCUUAGUUCUGUUUUCAUUUUUGUUUUUUCUUAUAUCUGGAAGCGUUACUUUAGAUGUAAAAUUUUAUUUAUCCUUUGUUAGACCUUGACACAUUGUUUUGAUUUAGGAUAAGGAGGAAAAAACAAUGGUCAAACCUGAAACUUGAUUUGAUUCUAUGUUGACUUUGCUUUCGAAUUUAUUUUGAUGGCUGUUUAUUGGCCUUUGCAGAAUAACGUUUUGUUUCAUUUAGCAAGAAUCUGCAGAUAAAUUUUUCAA